AUGGUCCAGAAGCGAAGUGUGAAAGCACCUGAAGGCGCCGAGGUUCGACGAUCGACUAACCGAUUGAUGUGUGAGGUUGCGGAUCAAGGGCAAAAACGCCCCAUCUCAACUGCAAUGAGGAAAACCGAGCCGAAACGAGGCCGGGCGGAGGAAGGCACUCGAGUCAUCGUGGGCCACAUCACGGUUUCUGUAAAAGCACGAUUACAAGGCGCCAGUAUCCGCCUCCUGGCGCUCUUUACCGUGGGCCAUAUCACGGUUUCUCUAAUGCAGGGUUACCAUGCGCCAGUGCCUGCCUCCCGUUACCUCAUGCCUCCCGGCGCACUUUACCGUGGGCCACAUCACGGUAUCUGUAAAUGCACGGAUACCAUGCGCCAGUGCCUGCCUCCCGUUACCUCAUGCCUCCCGGCGCACUUUACCGUGGGCCACAUCACGGUAUCUGUAAAUGCACGGAUACCAUGCGCCAGUGCCUGCCUCCCGUUACCUCAUGCCUCCCGGCGCACUUUACCGUGGGCCACAUCACGGUUUUUGGAAAAGCAUGAUCACCAUGCGCCAGAAUCCGCCUUCUGGCUCUUUUUACCGUGGGCCGCAUCACGGUUUCUUGGAAUGAGCUAG